GUCAACUCCUGCGGGGUCGAUGCACCUAUCCUACCACCCUGCACACCAUUUCGCAUUGAGGGGUUAGUCGGUUGAUAACUGCCGUACGCUGGAUUAAAAAGGAGAGUCUUAAUGAAGCCUAGUAUAGCAGAACCAUAUCGCUUUGCUUCGAGCCUGGGAGUGACACCUUUUCUGGACAAUAUAAAGAUAUCAACACCUUGUCCGUGGCAAGCGUCUCCCUUUCUGGUUCUCACUCAUUCUCAAAGACCUCGGUCUCUAGCAUAACGCUGAUCCCAAACCAUGGCGUCAAAGGGGAUGCCCAUGCCGGACCGACUGUCCAGCACCGACCGCGAGAUUCUUCAGCAAGUCUCCACCGAUCCUGCGACCGGAGCGAAGGAUAUCGCGCUCAAGCCGGGACAGUUGGGCGAGAACAUAACGACACAGGGCGUUGACUUACUCUCGCUGCCUAAGGACACGAAAUUGCUGUUUGUAGACAGCAAGGCGCCCAAGCAUGACGCACCAACCCUCAGGCUAACCGGUCUGCGCAAUCCUGGUCCGCAGAUCGAUGCUAUGCGAAAAGGUCUGAAGGACCGUUUCUUGGUCAAGGAUAGUCGCGGGGUGGUGGUAGGAUAUCUAGCCGGUGUUAUGUGUGUUGUCGAAAAGGGAGGUGAUAUUCGACCAGGGAUGGAGAUUGUGGUCCAGACACCGGCAACAAAUAUGGCUCUUAACUGUAUCUAAUGUGAGUUACCGUGAAGGUGCC